AGCCCUCAGCCCCUGCUCCAGGCAGAAGGGAGGCUGGGAGCAGCUAGGGCAGGCUCCUGGAGCGCCCUGUCCUCAUUCUGUCCCAUUGGUGACCCAGACCUUUCUGUUCUCCAGACGUGCAGCUGGACUGGACCUCGGAAGACCCACCUAAAGGUACCCAGACGUCGAGAGAAAGUAGAGAAUGUCUGGACAGAGGACUCCUGGAACCAGUUUCUGCAAGAACUAGAAACGGGGCAUAAGCCCAAGAAACCACUGGUGGAUGACCCUGUUGAGACACCUGCACAGCCCAUUGAGGUCCUGCUAGAGAGAGAAUUGGCCAAGCUGAGCGCAGAGCUGGACAAGGACCUGCGGGCCAUUGAGACCCGUGUGCCAUCCUCCAAGAACUCGCAGGCACCACGACGGUCCCCUGAGCAGCCAGCCCCAGAGCAGCGGCCCACAGCCCGCACUGCCUCGGCCUGGAGGCCCAGCUCCCCGCAUGCACCUUACUUCGGUUCUUCCGGAUCCCUGAGUCCCCACAGAAUGGCAGAUGGAGGAGGAAGCCCCUUCCUGGGACGUAGAGAUUUUGUCUACCCUUCCUCAGCCCGAGAGCCUAGUGCCCCUGAAAGGGGAAGCAGCCCUGCAAGGAAGGAGGAGAAGAAGAGGAAGGCUGCCCGGCUCAAGUUUGACUUCCAGGCCCAGUCCCCCAAGGAGCUGACUCUGCAGAAGGGUGACAUUGUCUACAUCCAUAAAGAAGUGGACAAGAACUGGCUGGAGGGGGAACACCACGGCCGGCUGGGCAUCUUCCCAUCUAAUUAUGUGGAGGUGCUGCCCGAAGAUGAGAUCCCCAAGCCCAUCAAGCAGCCCACAUACCAGGUGCUGGAGUACGGAGACGCUGUGGCCCAGUAUACCUUCAAGGGAGACCUAGAGGUGGAACUGUCCUUCCGAAAGGGGGAACACAUCUGCCUGAUCCGCAAGGUGAAUGAACAUUGGUAUGAGGGUCGCAUCACGGGCACAGGACGCCAAGGCAUCUUCCCGGCCAGCUACGUACAGAUAAACCGGGAGCCCCGGCUCCGGCUCUGUGAUGAUAGCCCCCAGCUCCCCCCAUCACCUCAUCUGACAACCACGGCUCGUCUACCCUGUCACUCCAGCUCCGCCACAGCACAAGUGGACUCCACUGACUGGGGAGGUCGGACCUCCCCUCGCCGCUCUGGCUUCCCGUUCCCCAUCACCCUCCAGGAGCAGCCCAGACCCCAAACCCAGAAUCUCAGCACUCCUGGACCAGCCCUGUCCCAUCCUCGAGGCGCCAGCCGUCCUAUAGAAAUGGGGGCCUCCUCCCCAAGCACCACAGAUAUACACUGGACUCCGUACCGAGCUAUGUACCAGUACAGACCCCAGAAUGAGGAUGAGCUGGAACUUCGUGAAGGGGACCGUGUGGAUGUCAUGCAGCAGUGUGAUGAUGGCUGGUUUGUUGGUGUCUCCCGGAGAACUCAGAAAUUUGGGACAUUCCCUGGAAAUUAUGUAGCCCCGGUGUGAGUGGUCUCCCCGGCAAUUUGGAGCCAGCGAGGAUGGGGUGAGGAGCAGUAGCACUAUAGGAGGGAGAGAGGCCCCCCCACAUCCUCCUCCCCCCAGGACCUGUGCUCCCAGCAUCUGCAGAGACCCCAGCAACCUUCCCUUUGAACCCCCUCAAAGUCCCCUGGACUGAUUCCCACCCGCGAGUCACAGGCAUUCCUUUGACAGCCCCCCCCUUACCACCCGCAAAUACAGUCUGCUCUGAUGUGGAGGCUGUCUCCAGGCCUUAUUGAGACCAGAUCCCCAGGUCCCCAUCACCCACAGCGUUUCCCCUAAUGAGGACUGGCUCUCGCUUCACCCCCAUGGGGUUCCUCUAAUAAGGACCGGCUUCCUACCCUAGUAGAGACCAAAGGCCUCCUCCCAUUUCCCACCAGCCUGCCUGCCACCACUUUCCCUUGGGGCCUCCAGCUGGGCCUAGAAGCAAGGUGGGGAACACCUUGUCAGCCUUCAAGGCCCAGUGAGAGGCCUUGCCUCAAGGCUUCCUCUUCUCAGAGGCUACUGAGCCCCUGGGUAGGGCCUCCACAUAUACUCUGGACCCUCCCGACUAAGGCCCACAACUGCCCUUGACCUAUCAAAAGACAGAUCUACAGGGAGACAUGCUUGCUGCCCUAAUUUCCAGCUCUUCCCGGUAUCUAGGUGCCCUCUGGAAGAGAAUGUAAAAUAAACAUGGAUACCAGGGA